UCAGCGCGAUGUUAGGUUGACAUCUGGUUACCAACAGAAGGUUACGAGUUAAAAAAUUGGAUUAUUCGAUCAUCUGACUAGCCUCACGUAAAGGCGAGAGAUACUGGACGCGUGAGGGGUAAACGACACGGAUUUCUUAUCAAACCGAGGCCGCUCGUUCACCUUGACGGCGCCGUGUUUUGGAGGGAGACACCUUCUCGCGCAUAGGUCGUUGAACUCGCGAUGCUCGAUAGAUAGCUGCAGCAUGUUGCUGCCGAGUUAAAGAAAUCCCAAGUUACAGCUAGAGGGUAGCCGUCUCUCGACAGUGGGCAACAUCCCCACGCUAUUGGAAUUGUUUGCGGGAAAUUGGAUAGUCAGCACACUGCCCCCAGCCCUCCUCUUCUGUCGAUGGUUUGGUUUGCGCUCCUGUAACUGUGUCAGAACGUUGUAAACCCUUUCGCUUGAACCAGUAUCUAUCUGGCAUAAUUGCGGGACUUAUUUACAUUGAGCAUUGGCGCGGUACCCAAGGCUACUUCACUUCGGGGGAGGAUGGACUAUGCGCAGAAUUAUUACAUGAUACCUUCGCAACAGCAUUUUGCCACGGAUUAAAUGCAAUUGGAAAUUGAUUGAACGUCAAACUUUUGCUUUGUGCCAAAAUCAAUGCAGUAGCCUAACACACCGGAUCCUGCUGAAUGUUUCUGGUGGACUCCCUUGAAGAAGACAGGCAGCAUCAGACUUUUGUCUGUGCUGCACGUGCAGUGUUAUUGUUGGAUUUAGCUAAGAUUUGUUUUUCUCGUUCAUCACAAAGGAAAUGUAGGAAUACUCAAGAAGAAAUGUAAUCAGUUCUGUGAGAUGGCGGGUGCUUAUAUCCUUUGUAGUGUAUUGUGUGAUUUUUUUUAAAAAAAAGGCUUAUAGGGUAAUUUUUUAAUAACCCAUGUAGCUUAUACUUGACUGGAUUUGUUUGAAUUGAAGCCUACUCCUGGUAGGCUAUUGCCAUAUCGGAGCCUGAAUGUUUGAAGAGCUGAAUCAUUGACUCUUGCCAUGGUUAUUUUUCCUGCAAUUUAGUUUAACCAUAGCCCUGGUGUAAUUGGAUGCUAUGUGAUAGGCCAUAUUAAUUUUUUAAAGUUUCAUGGUUAAAGUUUCAUGGAGUGAUGCUCGUGGUCCCUAAAGGGGCUAUUUAUGACCCCGCCAUCUCAAUGGAGAGUCAAGUGGAUCACCAACUUUCUUGGAUGGUGGAAAGUUUGUAGCAAGCAGUUUUUCAAGCAUCUUUCAAUCCGAAGGUAGGAAGGUGCCAAUAGAUAGGUUUCUCCUUUCCUCGGACGGAGUUAACCAGCACUGGCAAGAGGAAGCACAUCAAAAAAGGAACCGGGCAAAAAUGGCUGGCGAUUGUACCUAUAAUACGCACUAUGCUAAUGAUGACACUUUUGGCACCAUCAAACAGUCAGCGGAUGGACAACAAGAGCUCGUGAGAGAUGUCAAUGGCGUCCGCGCGGCACAGGGCAACGCCAGUUCGCCGCCGUCACCGUACUUCGAAGAAAUCGGCGGCUCUCUGUACCGCAAAAAGUUGGAGAGGGGUUUCGUUCAGUACCGAGAGGUGCUGGCCGAAGAGAAGCGACUGAACGCCAUCGCUACUUUCCAUCAGAAGCGACCGGGGAGGAGACACCACACCCUUGAGGACACAUACAGAUUCGUGGCAGAACACUACUGGUGGGAAGGAAUGUACCUUCAGGUGAGGGACUACGUCCUUGGGUGUGAGGAAUGCAAGCUCAGAAAGCCCGACAGACAAGAGGACCGCUGUGUGUCCAGGACCGUGACGUCACACAGCCAGGAAGUGCUGAACAAGCUGAAGGCUCAACAGGAGGCAGGGCUCUUCUGUGACAUCACGCUGAAGACGGGCGGUGGCCACGCGUUCUCUGCCCACAGAGCUGUUCUGGCUGCCGUCAGCGAGUACUUCCAGGAAGUCUUCACUGAAAUGGACUCUGCUGCUGUUCCACAAUCAUACAUUGAUCUCACAGGAUUCAGUGAGGAGAGCUUCAUGCCCUUGCUGGAGUUUUCUUACACCUCCACACUGACUCUGAAGCUUGAGAACCUGCCCGAGGUGUCCACCAUGGCCAGACACCUCCGCAUGUGGCCUGCUCUGGAGGCCUGCAAAGCCAUCCAGAGGGACAACGGAUCCCCAGGGACCGUGCACCGCCCUGGGCUUCCUCUCUCUCUGGCCCCUGGGUGUCCUCCUCUGGAGUCGCCAAACAGCCGACGGACCUUCCCUCCAUUUGCACAACGAGCGGACGCGUUUCAGUGGAAGAGAAAGAGGGAGCUGAGCAGCGAGGAGAAUGAUGGUGACGACCCCCACCACCACCACCACCAUCACCAUCGCCACCACCACCACCAUCACCAUGCAGAACCAUUCCGGAACUGUGCUGCUCAGUGUAGGGAACACCAUGCCGACGGCAACUUUAAGCUAACCCUGGACGACUCCGACGAGUCCGAAGGGGAGUGCUCCAGGUGGCCAGGCCUGCCGCAGCCUCAGAACAGGCUUCAGUCCGGCCACCCUCCGCCCGAGGAGAACGGCUUCCCCUGCAGUCCCACGCGCCGGCUGAAGCUGCUGGACUUCAAGUCUCCGUCCAGCAAGAGGAAGCUGUCCACGUGCAGCCUCUCCCCCACGCCCGGCUCCGCGCCCCCCUCCUCCACCUCGUCCUCGUCCGCCGCCAAACGCACUUCUCCUCCGCGGCCCCGGGCGGCGCGCGGACAGCCCGCCCGCCUCCUCCGCUCCUCCCCCGGGGCCGCGCUCGCGCUGCGACGGCUCUUGCCCAAGCUGGACAGCUCCUUCAAGGGCAAGAGGAGACGCUUGGGCUCUUCCUUCUGCACCAGCUCCACUGCUACCGCUGUUACCGCUGCUGCCGCUGCUGCCGCUGCUUCCUCCAAGGGUUUGAGUCACAGGCACAGUAGUCCUCCUGAGAUUCAGGCGGUCGAUAGCCAAGUGGCCGCCGGGCUGGUCACGCCGACGAAGGUGAAGCAAGAGCCGGUGGAGGAAGAGGUCCAGGGCGCCCGCGCGCAGGAAGAGGUCCUGAGCCCGCGGACUCAAGAGAAGUACCGUCUCCUCAGCGUCCUGGGCCUGCAGAGGAAGUCCCUGCUGCCCGGUCCGGACGCCCUCACCGGCUGGAAGCAGAAGAACCGGCUGCGGAAACCCAAGGUCAACAAUUACUCGCUCACCGCCCGGCGGAAACCGAAAGGCCGAGGCGGCGAUUUGGCGGCGGGGGCGAGCAUCGGGUCCAGCAUCGGCGUCCUGGCCGAGAUCAACCCGACGUUCUCGCUCUGCGACAUGACCCGCGUGGAGCUCCUGCGGCGGGUGAUCAAGGCGGAACCCCCGGAGCUCCUCCGGCCCGAGGACCUGAGGCUGAAGAAGAAGGCGGCGGCGGACGCCCACGGCAACAAGCCCCUGCUGUCCACGGUGAAGAACACCCGCAGCAAGGUGACCCUCCCGCCGCUGCUGCCCACGCCGUGCAAGCGUCCGGAGGACCGGCUGCCGCAGGAGUACCGGCGCGCCCGAGAGAUGUCGUCGCGCGCCCGGGCCAAGUCGGCCAAGUGGCCGGCCGGAGCCCCGAAGAAGCCCGCCGUCAAGGUCAAACAGGAGCCUGUGGACUGCCCAGUCUCGGCUCGCGUCGCCGCCGCCCAUGUCCCGCCGCGUUGCAACGCCGGCCACGCGAGGCAACGAGCGUCUCUCACGCCUCCUCCCCCCAGGGCCAAAAAGUCCGCGCUGAGCGACGGGUUUGUGCACACGCGGUCGCUGCCCGUGACCGGACGCACGCAGCGGUAUAACAGCAGGUGUAGUAUAGCCAUGCAGCAGAGCCGGCCCAAGUCGAGCGCCGCCGGCUCCUCGGACAAGUCUUGUUCGCAGAGGUCAAGGGGUCAGGUGAGACGGCGGCUGCGGGAGAUGGGAAAGGGGGAGGAGAGCCAGGAAUGGGCCCCACAGCACCACAGUCUCCAGCAGCACCCUCUAUACAAAGCCAUCAAGGAAGAGCCAGCGGACCCCCUCCCGCUGUCGGUCCCGCAACCCGACCAGGAGGCGCCGGAGCUGGGCAAGCGGCAGAGCAAGCUGCCGGUGAAGCUGCUGGAUCCCGGCUUCCUGAUCAGCUUCUGCAGGCCGGCGGCCACCGGCAUCAAGAGGGAGGAGGAGAGCGUGGACAUCUGCCUGACCCGCUCGGUCGCCCACGCCAGCGUGCCGCCCGGCAGCCCGGCCCACGGGAGCGUCCGCGGCGGCGCCGGGAGGCUCCGCCGGAGGGACGUGGCCGACAGGAGAGGGGCGGAGACGACGACGACGAGGCCGAGGUCGAGGCCGCGGCGGGAAGGGCAGGCGGCGGCGCAACCGGUGGUGGCGGCGGCGGCGUUCCAGCGCAGCACCAAGGCUCUCCGGCGCAAGGUGAAGAAGGAGCCGGCGGAGAGGAGCUUGAGCCAGAGGGUCACCCAAGGUCACGCCCGCCCGCCUGCCACCAAGAAGAGGUCCGACACGAAGAGAGAACCCACAAAGAACCUGGGCGCGCUGCUGCCCCUGCACAGCCGCCGCUCCGUCCUGCUGGAGUCCAUCCGGCGGGCGCGGCUCAAGCAGCUGCGGGGUCCUAGUGCCCAGGCGCCGCGCGGCUCCCACGCCUGCCAGCAGUGCCGCGCCUCCUACAGGGACUGCGACGCGCUCAUCAUGCACCGAAUCCGCCACAUCGAGGGCAAGCACUGGCCCUGUCCGCUGUGCAGCAAGACCUUCUUCAGCCAGAAGAAUGUCAAGAAUCAUAUCCGCAAUCACGACCCCAAGUUGUACAGAUGUCGUCAGUGUAUGGUGGCCCUGUCCUGAGGAGGGACAUCAACAGUACCGUGAAUCCUGAUGAAGAUAUCUUGCACGUAUAUGGGGAGCAGGAGCCGAGGGUUUCUAAAUCUAACUUUGAAAGAGCAAGUGGCUCUUACUACUUAAUAUUUCGAAAGGUGGAAGGAGUGAGAGUGUUCUAUUUUGCUUUAAAUACGAUGGCUGUGAAGACAAAGAAUUGGUCAUGUAUGAGAAUAUGCUGAAAUGAUAGAUGUAAUUAUUGCUAUUAUUACUGUAAUGAUUAAUAUUAAUAUUGUGGCUCCAUCCAUCCUUAUUAUUGUUAUUUAAAUGACCAAAAUGAUGUUGUAUUUUUAUGGCUGCAGGGGUGUAACCUGAAACCAGGGGUGAUGCACUCAGGGUGGGGUGGAUUCUGGUUGUCGUGGUUACAUAUGUAUAUUGUGAAUUGUUCAGAAGGUUUGAAAUAAUGAUAACUACUAUUGUAAUUAGGGUCUACCGUUCUUAAUGUUAUUAUUAUGCUGAUUUUUUAAAAAUAUAAAUAUAGUUAUUUUGAGUGCACUUAAAACUGGUAGCUUUGUUUUAAACCUAAGAGACCCUUGUUGGAUAAAGAUGUGGACUGGGAUAUACUUGAAAGGUGGACAGUGUUUGUUGUGUUUAAUAUGGACUGCUAUAAUUGCUGUCAUUCCUGUUGGAUGGACAGACUUUAAAAGACGCAGAGAGCGGGGAUGUGUGUCUUAUAACAGAUGGAGAGUGUAACGAUUGUUCCUAAGGUUUUAAUAAAGAUUAUUGCAAGCCAUGAGUGUAUAGAGAAAUGUUCUACUGAUGGUGGGUGGGCUUACACCCACUCUUUUUAGGAGUCGUCGUGUGUCGGUUUGGAGCCGCUGCACUUCAACACGUUGACUGUAGCCCAAUGGAACCCAGUGCUUUAGAAUGGAUUGGAGACCGAAACGGAUGAUUUUAGGCGCAGUUGUCCUCCUUUGAAUGUCCCCUAGUGAAUUGUGAAGGUUGUUAUUCCUGCUCGUGUUUUGGAUGAACUGGUCAGAGCUUAUCUCCAAUGGCAGGCUCUUCAUAAUUAACCUUGUGUCUACUGCCUAUACUUUUACAUAAGGGAAUACUGCCAUAUUGAUAAUGGUUGAUUUUUGACAAUGUAAUUGACACAAUAUACUACUUGUUUGUUCUUAUAAAUCUCAAAGGUUAUUUGCCACCUUUUUGUAUUUAAAAAAAAAUCCCCUUACAUUUGCUUUGAUGAGCUUAUGAAGAGAAAUGUAAAAUGUAUAGAAUGUUGUUUUUGUCUGACAGUCUAGCUGGGUUCAGCAACUGCAACAAGACUGAAAUUGAAAUAAAUUUCGCAUUUUCCACUUGGGAGUGUC